AUGCCGCCCUUGCACGCUGCAAUCACCGACGCAGUUUGUAUCAAGAUUGUCCUCUAUGCCGUUAUGUUCUUCACCCUAAUCCAAUCAGCUGUCACCGCUUUUGCGACGCCGUUGUACAGGCAUCAAGAAUACCACACCUCCGCGCUCAGUGGCCAUGCCUGGGUCCAGGAACUUCUAAACGGGCAUCCUGAGCGCAUCCGAACAGAGCUCGGCAUGCGCAAGGAGGUCUUCGAGUCCCUUGUUUUGCAGCUCAGUCUGGUGGCGGGGCUCAAAGACUCUUGUUAUGUGACACUCGAGGAGCAGAUUGCGAUAUUUCUGUACAUAUACUCGCGCGAUCAGAAUAUAAUGGUCACUGCAUCAUUUGGAGCUGUGCGCUCCACCAACGCCGUCAUGUGGCCUGAGAUUGAUGUCACGUAG